AUGGGUGAUAAGGGAUUCGACACCAGAAAGUUCUUCAUUGACUUGGCUUCCGGUGGUACUGCCGCAGCUAUCUCCAAGACCGCUGUCGCCCCGAUCGAGAGAGUAAAAUUGCUUCUUCAGGUAUGUGUUUUGUUAGUUUGUGUGUUUUUAGGCAUCAAAUUUGGUAAUAACAGCUAACCUAAGAGUACUACGAACCUUCUAGUACUUUAUGUAAAUUUUCAUGUUAGUUGAGUUAAAAUAAAUUCAAUAUCACAGUAAAAAUUAAUAUGUGUAAUUCAUAGGUCCAAGAUGCUUCUUCUUCCAUCACUGCUGACAAGCGUUACAAGGGUAUCAUCGAUGUCCUCGUCCGUGUCCCAAAAGAACAAGGUUUCAGCGCUUUGUGGCGUGGUAACUUGGCCAACGUCAUCCGUUACUUCCCCACACAAGCUUUGAACUUCGCCUUCAAGGACACCUACAAGAAGCUCUUCUUGGACGGAGUUGACAAGAAGAAGGAAUUCUGGAAGUUCUUCGCUGGUAACUUGGCUUCUGGUGGUGCUGCUGGUGCCACUUCUCUCUGCUUCGUCUAUCCGCUCGAUUUUGCUCGUACUCGUUUGGCCGCUGAUAUCGGAAAGGGAGAUUCUCGUGAAUUCAAGGGUUUGGCUGACUGUUUAGUCAAGAUUGCCAAGUCUGAUGGACCAAUCGGACUUUACCGGUAAGUUAAUAUUAUUUAUGGCUAACUUUUAUUUUUAAUGUAGUUUUGCAAAAAAUUUUAAUUGGAAAAAAAUUAAAUUUUUCAAACUUUAGUGGUUUCUUCGUGUCCGUACAAGGUAUCAUCAUCUACCGUGCCGCCUACUUCGGAAUGUUCGACACCGCCAAGUCCGCUUUCACCGCUGACGGAAAGAAAUUGAACUUCUUCGCCGCCUGGGGUAUUGCUCAAGUUGUCACUAUCACUUCUGGAGUUCUGUCAUACCCAUGGGAUACCGUCCGUAGACGUAUGAUGAUGCAGUCUGGUCGUAAAGACAUUCUCUACAAGAACACCUGGGACUGUGCCGUCAAGAUCAUCAAGAACGAAGGUAUGGGAGCCAUGUUCAAGGGAGCCCUCUCCAACGUGUUCCGUGGUACCGGUGGUGCCCUCGUGUUGGCCAUCUACGACGAAAUCCAGAAAUUCAUCUAG